GGAUAUCCAAAACUCGCAGGUCACAUGGGCUCCUCGCCUGAGAUCGCAAUGUUUCGAAGAUUCGGCGCCUUGAACGCCCGCAACCUGUUGUAUAUGCAGAAUGAUCUGGUAGUGCUGGAAAACAAGCUAAGAGUUAUUGAGUUUGAGGACUCAAAAAGCCCUGACGGAAAGAAGGAACGAUACAGACGAGACGCCUAUUGGCUAAGCACUGCGGACAUACAGAUCAACGGUGCUCUAAGAGACGGCGACACCCGACAGCGUGAUUUGAUACUGCAAAUGAGAUCUUUACUGAAUGAGUACAAUCACGCGCUCAUCCAGCAAGCCACAAUACUCCGCGAGAUGAAGAAACCUGAUCCAUACGAUAUCUACGACAUACAAAACCUCAUAGCCAGCGACGACAUGAAACAACCCUUCAUAGGCUUCGACCGCGGGACGUGGGGCGGAGCCGUGAAUGCAGAAACCAGAAAAGCAUAUAGCAGAGAACUACUCGUACUUCGACCCCGCAAAGACAUGGAUACUUUAUCCCGUAUAGUCGGUACAAGGGCCAUCAAGUGGAUGAUGGCGUGUGGAGGCAACAGGUGGAAAAAACCAGAUGUUCGGUUCGGCAUGAUCGCUGUGCACGAUAGCACCGUCUUCAGGCUUACGUUCUGGUUCACAAGUGGCGUGGCCUCGAUACUGCCAGUCAUCUCUAUCAUUUUGCUGGUCAAUAUGGAGUCGCUGAAUGGGAGGCUUGGGGUCAUCGCUGCGUUCAAUGUUCUCAUCUCGAUAUGCCUCACUUUGUUCACGGAGGCGAGGAGAACCGAUGUGUUUGCUGUCACAGCUGCG